AUUUCCUGUUGGUUCAGAGAGUGGAAAAGUUCAGGUGACGUCACCCGCCACUGGCGGCGCACGCUGCCCUGCUGCCGACGUGGCGCGAGCUCGAGCGGAAGGGUUGCGCGAGCGCGACUGUCAUCGUAACUGAGCAUCAUGUCGCACGAUGAGCCAGCAGAAGACCUCACUACGCAAUCUCCUUCCCUCCACCAAACCUUCACUGAUGAAUCUGCUCCCAUGAACACAGAUGAGGUCUCAUCUUUAUCACAGCUCUCACUGGACACAUCAACCAGUGAGGCUGUAGAAGAGCACGGUACAGCCGGAGAUGCUGAAGAGCAGCAGUUACACCCAUCGGAGGAUAAGCCUGAGGGUCUGGUCACUGAAUGUGUGGAUUCUGUGAAUUUGGACACGGAUGUUACACAGGAAGAAGCGCAGGGAACAGAGGCACUGGAUGAGUCUAAAUCUAAAGGCUGGAGUAGUUGGGGCUCCUGGGGGAAGUCACUUCUGACCACUGCUACAUCCACUGUGGGUCAGGGGUUAAGCUCAGUGAGAGAGAAAGCAGGCGUGGCGCUUCGAAUGCGUCAGACCUCAUCAUGUGAGGAGGCAGAGGAGUCACAAGAGCCUUCUGAGAUGCUGAUGGCAGAACAUGAUCAGUUGGAGGAGGCGCACAGAGGAGUACUGUCGACCAUCACAAGUGCAGUCCAAAAUACUGGUAAAUCUGUAAUAACAGGAGGUCUUGAUGCUCUGGAGUUCAUUGGCAAGAAAACCAUGAUUGUCUUGGCAGAGAGUGACCCAGGCUUUAAAAAGACCAAAAUACUGAUGCAGAAAACUGUUUCGCUUUCUCAGAUGUUAAAAGAAGCAAAGGAAAAAGAGAGAGAGCGACUGGGCAAUCAGAUGAUCACAGAACCCACCGCUCACUAUGGGAUCUUGUUUGAUGACUACCAAGGCUUGUCUCAUCUAGAGGCGCUGGAGAUACUUUCCAAUGAGAGCGAGGGGAGGGUUCAGACCUUCUUGUCCUCUUUGGAAGAGGAAGAGUUGGAGGUUUUAAAAAAGGUGCUGAUUGAGAUUAAGGAGAUUUUCUUCGCUCACGAAGAGGAGGAAGUUGAUGCCAGCGCAGAGGAAAAUGGUGAUCUUUAUUCGCAAAUUCAGUGUUCCACUCCUCUCUCUGCUGACGGAGAGGAGUUUGUCAGCGUUCUUACCGAGCUGCUGUUUGAACUUCAUGUUGCUGCAACUCCAGACAAACUGAACAAAGCGCGUAUUAAAGCUCAUGAUUGGGUGAGAGAGGUGGAGCGGUCGAGUGAAGUCAAGAACGUAACGGGUGAGGAGGAGAACCCAGCUCCAGAAAAGGAGGACAGGAAGGAGCAGGAGAUAAAAGAAAGAGAAACAGAGGAAGAGAAGGAUGAAAAACAGGAAGAAGAGGGAGAGAAAGAUGAGGAGAGCAAUACAAAGGAUGGAAAGUCGGAUGCUGUAGAGAAGGUGUAUCUGUCAUCGGUUGGCAGUCUUGCUGAGGUGACCGCUCGUAGUAUAGAGCAGCUACACAAAGUCGCAGAGUUGAUUUUACACGGACAGGAGCUAGAGAAACCAGCCUGCCAACAAGCCAAAAUUCUGGUCAGGUUAACCCAUGCCAUGUGUAAGGAGGUCGGCUGCUUGGCGAGAAAGUUCUCAAAAACACUACUGGCUGUAGGGAGUCACAGAAAGGCCGAAGAAAUAAAUCCUCUAGUGGACAGCGUGACGCUGGAGGGCUCUAAUAGCACUGCCUACAUCCACAACGCUUUCCAGCUGCUCUUGCCAGUCCUCCAGGUCUCACACAUCCAGACAAGCCGAACCACUGUCAGACCAGAACCGACCACUACAGAAUAGCGUCCUUAGUGUAUGUUUGUACUGUAUGUGUUUCUGUCCGUCCGUUCAUCUAUCUGUGUACUGUGUUGCUUCGGUAUGAGAGCUUUAACUAAAAAGUGCAAUUCUAGUCUAUAUAUAGACUUAAAAAGAGAUAAUGAAAGAGACUCCUAAGUUUUUUAGGAUGCUGCUUGUCUGAUAUUUCCCGGUUAUAUUAUCACGUAUUAUGUUACCUUAUAAGUAAAUGAAGAUUUAUUAAUCAUGUUGUAUUGUCUGAGCAGAUCUGGACGUUUAACUGUCACACACUUUAUAAUUAUAUCAGUAAUAAAGCAAAGAUCAAAAUAUGUACAUGAAGUAUUAAAAAAAAAAACAUGCUCAAUAAUAUGUUUUUUAUUCAGGAUUUAUUUUAAGAAAUCUAAAAGUUUACAUUUUAGUUUACUUCUUAGUAGAACUGUAUAGAUCAGAAUAGCAACUAAAAGUAUAAAUUACCUGCUUAACACUGGAUAGCAAAUACAGCAUUAAAAAUAAAGAAUACAAUUUAAAUGUUGGUAGUAUAAAUGGCCUUGAGCUUUUCUAAAUUAAAUAAAACAGAGAAAGUAGAGACUAUAUCAAACUAAACCAAGUGAUUUUUAAAAUGUAUCCAGACUGUAUUCUUCUGAGCUAUUAAGACAUUAAAUCUUUUCAUUUGACAGCAACCA